UUAGCGGGGCGCCAACAACGUCUUCCGGGUUCACGCACACACUCUCGCAGAGGUUGAAGAUGAAGCUGAUGAAAGCAUAAUUUUUGUACACAAACUAGUCCCCCCGCUGAAUGGAUACACUGUACGUGUAUUUCUGCAUUUAAAAGCUUUUGUUGAACGUUGUUUUGGUGCAGCUGCUGUUGGUUUAGCGAGUGUUAGCAGAAAGCUGAACAUGUCUGCGGAGGAAGCGGACAAAACAACCACCACUGAUGCCAGCGCUGGAGAUGAGGAGGAGGAAUGGCUGUAUGGAGAUGAGUCUGAGAGCAAAGAUGAGGACGAGGAAGCCAAACUGAAUGCUGCAGUCAGCGGUAUACCUGCUGAUGCUUCAUCAGAAGAUGCUGCUCCUGGUUCUGCUGAUGCUCACGCUACAGGAAAUGGCGUGGCCUCAGAGCCGUCAGCUGAAGCUGGAGGUGAGGAUGUUGACAGCGACAGCGACAGUGAUGAUGACGAUGACGAUGUCCGCGUCACCAUUGGAGACAUUAAAACUGGAGCGCCACAGUACACACCUUAUGGAGCCCCACCUGUCAAUCUCAACAUAAAGACAACAGGCUCCAGACCUUAUGGACAAGCCUCCAAGAUGAAGGGAGUGGAUCUGGAUGCUCCUGGAAACAUUAACGGGGUUCCAGUUCUUGAGGCAGACAUGGAGUCCUUUGAAGAGAAACCCUGGAGGAAGCCAGGAGCGGAUCUGUCAGACUACUUUAACUACGGCUUCAAUGAAGACACAUGGAAGGCUUACUGUGAAAAACAGAAGAGACUACGUAUGGGCCUGGAGGUCUCUACUGUCAGCUCGGUGACAAGCAAGAUCACUGUUCAGCAGGGAAGGACCGGCAAUGAGAAGGACAUAUCCAUUUUGCCUGUUCACACCUCAAAGCCAGACUUCACAUCUCCCGUCAACCUGUACAAGCCCGCUGUCAGUCAGGUCACCAGUAGGAUCUCUCCCCCUCAGUGGCCUUGCCCGCCUGUUCAGGACAUGUCCUAUUAUACGAAGACGAGUGGUACUAUAGAUGUGAUUGGUGGAGGGACGGCCACCAUCAGCAGGGUUGAAGGGCGACGCAGACACAAUUUAGAAGGCAACAAUAUCCAGGUGAUUGCCGAACAAUCGGACGCUGAGCCGACUCCAGCCAAGAUUCCCACCUUCUUCCCUCCUGGACCGAUUCCUCCGAACAUCCCCCCGCCUCCUUUCCUCCCUCCACCCCCCACUGUCAACACUGCGCCUCCACUCAUCCCCCCACCAAGGUUGCCCAUUACUGUCCCUCCUCCUGGUUUUCCUCCUCCACCAAGCGGGCCUCCUCCUGCUAUCAUCCCUACUAUGGACGGUGGCCACCCUGGAGGUUAUGAUGGACGCUCUGUCCCUCCCUACCCAUUCCCUCAAGGUGCAUACCCUCCUCCCAUGACUGGAGGUGUCCCUCCUCCCUGGCCCCCCAUGAUGGAACCUAACUCUAAACCCUGGGAGUACUACUCUCGUCGAGACGACAAGAGAGACAAGGAGCGAGAAAGACCACGAGAGAGGACGCAUGAGCGGGAGAGAGAGCGGGAGCACAGCCCUUCAGCUAUGAGCUACACUAGCGACGAGGAGCGGUAUCGUUACCGCGAGUACCAGGAGCGUGGCUAUGGAGAGCGGCAUCGAGAUCGCUCGAGCCGGGAGAAAGAGGAAAGACACAGAGAGAGACGGCACCGAGAGAAAGAGGAGGGACGCCACAAGUCCUCCCGCAGCAGCAGUAGCAGGAGGAGGCACGACAGCGAGGAGGGCGACAGCCACCGGAGGCACAAACACAAGAAGAGCAAGAGGAGCAAGGAGGGCAAAGAGGCCAGCGAGGACAUCGGCGCAGACCAAGAGAACCAGGAGGCCAUGGAGUAGUGAUCACCACCUCCUGUUCUUCCUCCCUCUCUCUGUCUGUACGCUCGUCUCCGGUCCUGUCUGUUUUUUUGUGUCUCCCAGCGAGAUGAGAAGAAGGAAAAGGGAGAAGAUGAGACCAGCAAUACCAGGAAGUCGCGGAGUGAUCGAUGCGUCCUGUCACUCCCCUCUCAUCAAUCUCCAUCCUGCUGUCGCUCAUCCUCACCGUCACCUCAGGCAGAGGAUGGAUGGAGCAGAGGAGGUGGUAAAGGAGGGACGGUCGUCCUUUUUACUUCACCCGUCUUCCCUUCGCUGGCUGACAUGAGAAAGGACAUCAGUCUGUCUUCAUCCCCCUCCUCCCUCUCACUGUAUAAUCAGGAUGAUCAGCAGAUUUAGCUAAUUUGUUUGUUUGUUUUUGUCCCGUAUGACGACAUCUAGAGACAGCUGUCAGUUUAAGUUCAAUUAAAAAAAAACACUUUUUGAUAA